GGGCCAGCCACACGGAUGGACAGUCUCUCCCACUCUGAGGCUUGUUUUGUGUCUUGAGGGAGGGCGUUUUAUAUUUUAAUUUUUUUUUACACUUUACCUUCCUCUUUAACAACACUGCACUCUGUGUGUUUAUCGUCGGAGUGAUGGCGGACCGCGGCGUGGAUGUGUCCGCCCUGCCGAAAGAGGCUCGGGACCAGCUGGCGGAGUUGGACCUGGAGCUGUCUGAAGGUGACAUCACGCAGAAGGGAUAUGAGAAGAAGAAAGCCAAGCUGCUGGCCUCCUACAUCCAACACCUGCCAAAUCUGUCUCUGCCAGAUGUUCAACUUUCCCCAGGCCACAGUGCCGACCCCAGCCCUAGCCCCGAGGCCCCGGGCCCCUCCACAUCUUCAGCCGCCAGACACCACCGCACACACCGCAAUGGGGGGGCCAGGGAUGACCGCUACAGAUCAGACAUCCACACGGAGGCUGUGCAGGCAGCCCUGGCCAAACACAAAGAGGAGAAGAUGGCGCUGCCAAUGCCGACCAAGAGACGCUCAGCCUUUGUCCAGUCUCCCAUAGAGAACUGCACACCUCCAGACACAUCCUCUGCAUCAGAGGAUGAGGGCUCACUGCGCAGAAAGGCAGCUCUCAGUGCAGUGCUAGCCCAGAGCCUGCAGAGCCCCGAUUACUGGAUCAACCGCUCCGUCCAAAGCUCCUCCACCUCCUCAUCUGCGUCCUCCACCCUCUCCCAUGGAGAGCCCAAGACCCAGGCCCAGCCCCAGCCCCAACCCCAACUUGCUGCUUCCUUGUUGGCCGAUGUACUGGCCCACACACGCAUAGAAAACAGCGUCCCCCCGGAUGUGACAUCCUCCACUCCCCAGGAGAGAGGGUCCAGGGUGGACCUGCCUCCAGCUGUCAGAGGCAUGAGCCGCGGGCAGAGCCGCUCCAGCAUGAUGGAUACUGCCGACGGCGUGCCUGUCAACAGCAGAGUGUCCACUAAGAUCCAGCAGCUGUUGAACACACUCAAACGGCCGAAGAGACCACCACUCAGCGAAUUCUUCCUCGAUGACUCUGAGGAAAUUGUAGAAGUGCCUCAGCCGGACCCCAACACCCCGAAGCCAGAGGGACGCCAAAUCAUCCCGGUGAAAGGGGAGCCCCUCGGAGUCGUCAGUAACUGGCCUCCCGCCCUGCAGGCUGCCCUGGCUCGCUGGGGGGCCACGCAGGCCAAGAGCCCCGCUCUCACUGCGCUGGACAUCACCGGCAAACCCCUCUACACCGUCACAUAUGGAAAACUAUGGAGUCGCAGUCUGAAGCUGGCCUAUACACUGCUGAAUAAACUGGGCACCAAGACAGAACCUGUCCUACAACCUGGAGACAGGGUGGCUCUGGUGUAUCCUAACAGCGACCCCGGCAUGUUCUGGGUGGCUUUCUACGGCUGCCUGUUAGCUGAGGUCAUCCCUGUGCCCAUUGAGGUCCCUCUGUCACGACAGGAUGCAGGCAGCCAGCAGAUCGGCUUCCUGCUGGGCAGCUGUGGUGUCAGUCUGGCUCUGACCAGCGAGGUGUGCCUCAAAGGGCUGCCCAAGACUCCAAACGGAGAGAUCAUCCAGUUCAAAGGAUGGCCAAGGAUGAAAUGGGUAGUGACGGACACAAAGUAUCUGACCAAACCAUCCAAAGACUGGCAGCCUCACAUCCCCACCGCCAACACCGACACUGCCUACAUCGAGUACAAAGCAAGUAAGGAGGGGACAGUGAUGGGAGUUGCAGUGUCCAAGAUCUCCAUGCUGACCCACUGCCAGGCUCUGACGCAGGCCUGCAACUACUGUGAAGGGGAGACACUGGUCAAUGUGUUGGACUGUAAGAAGGAUAUGGGCAUGUGGCAUGGUGUCUUAACGAGUGUCAUGAACAGAAUCCACACCAUCACAGUGCCGUAUGCUGUCAUGAAAGCAUGUCCCAUGUCCUGGGUGCAGAGGGUCCACCUUCACAAAGCACGUGUGGCCUUGGUGAAGUGCCGUGACCUCCACUGGGCCAUGAUGGCCCACAAGGACCAGAGGGACACCAACCUGUCCUCCAUACGUAUGCUGAUUGUGGCUGAUGGAGCAAACCCAUGGUCCGUGUCGUCAUGUGACGCCUUCCUGAAUGUGUUCCAGUCUCAUGGUCUGAAGCCGGAGGUGAUCUGUCCAUGUGCUACGUCUCCUGAGGCCCUGACUGUGGCCAUCCGCAGGCCCGGUGCACGAGGAGCUCCGCUGCCAGCCAGGGCCAUCCUGUCCAUGGGCGGGCUGAGCCACGGGGUGAUCAGAGUGAACACAGAGGACAAGAACUCGGCUCUCACUGUGCAGGAUGUGGGCCACAUCAUGCCCGGAGCUCUGAUGUGCAUUGUGAAACCAGACGGGCCUCCCCAGCUGUGCAAGACAGAUGAAAUAGGGGAAAUCGUGAUCAACUCUCGGGCUGGAGGCACCAUGUACUACGGCCUGCCCGGAGUCACCAAAAACACAUUUGAGGUGAUCCCUGUCAACCAGGCUGGAGCCCCCAUAGGAGAGAUUCCUUUCACUCGGACUGGUCUGCUUGGAUUUGUUGGACCGGGCAGUCUGGUGUUUGUUGUGGGGAAGUUUGAGGGGCUGCUGAUGGUGAGCGGGCGACGCCACAACGCAGACGACCUGGUGGCCACCGCGCUGGCAGUGGAGCCGGUCAAAACAGUUUACAGGGGGAGGAUCGCCGUGUUCUCUGUGACGGUGUUUUAUGAUGAGAGGAUAGUGAUUGUGGCAGAGCAGAGGCCCGACGCGAGUGAGGAAGACAGCUUCCAGUGGAUGAGUCGAGUCCUGCAGGCCAUCGACAGCAUCCACCAGGUGGGCCUGUACUGCCUCGCGCUCGUCCCAGCCAACACCCUCCCAAAGACGCCCCUUGGAGGAAUCCACAUCUGUGAAACCAAGCAGAACUUCCUGGAGGGGAACCUGCACCCCUGCAACAUCCUGCUGUGCCCCCACACCUGCGUGACCAACAUGCCCAAACCCCGGCAGAAACAGCCAGUGGACGUCGGCCCUGCUUCCAUGCUGGUCGGAAACUUGGUGGCUGGGAAGCGGAUCGCCCAGGCAACCGGCAGAGAACUGGGCGUGGUGGAGGACCAGGACCUGAUCCGAAAGCACCAGUUCCUGUCUGAUGCUCUGCAAUGGAGGGCCCAAACCGACCCGGACCAUGUCCUGUAUGUGCUGCUCAAUUCAAAGGGGGUGGCAGUGUGCACAGCCACUUGUGCUCAGCUGCACAAGAGAGCAGAGAAAAUCACAGCUACCCUCAUGGAGAGAGGCGGCCUCAACACAGGAGACAAUGUGGUGCUGCUUUAUCCCCCAGGUAUUGACCUGAUAGCUGCCUUCUACGGCUGCCUCUAUGCGGGGGUCAUCCCUGUGACGGUGAGGCCGCCUCACCCACAGAACCUGGCAGCUACUCUCCCCACUGUCCGCAUGAUCAUCGACGUGAGCAAAGCCGCCUGCAUCCUCACCACUCAGCCUCUCAUGAGGAUCCUCAGGUCCAGGGAGGCUGCUGCCAGCGUCAACGUCAAGACGUGGCCGACUAUCAUCGAUACAGAUGAUCUACCGAGAAAGCGGCCUCCUCACAUUUAUAAACCCCCCACAGCUGAGAUGCUGGCCUACCUGGACUUCAGUGUGUCCACCACAGGCAUGUUGACUGGAGUCAAGAUGUCUCACGCAGCAGUCAGCACUCUGUGUCGCUCCAUUAAGCUGCAGUGUGAGCUGUACUCCUCACGCCAAAUAGCCAUCUGCCUCGACCCGUACUGCGGCCUGGGCUUCGUCCUGUGGUGCCUCUCCAGCGUUUACUCAGGUCACCAGUCCAUCCUUAUCCCCCCCCUGGAGCUGGAGAGUUCGCUGCCUCUGUGGCUGAGCACGCUGAGUCAGUACAAGAUCAGAGACACUUUCUGCUCCUACUCUGUCAUGGAGCUCUGCACCAAAGGCCUGGGCACCCAGACAGAGAUGCUGAAGGCGCGGGGUCUGAAUCUGUCGUGCGUGCGGAGCUGCGUGGUGAUAGCGGAGGAGCGGCCUCGCCUCGCUCUCACGCAGUCCUUCUCCAAGCUCUUCAAAGAUCUCGGCCUGUCGCCGCGCGCCGUCAGCACCGCCUUCGGCUCCAGGGUCAAUCUCGCCAUCUGCCUGCAGGGCACUGCUGGACCUGACCCCUCCACCGUGUAUGUUGACAUGAAGUCUUUGCGCCACGACAGGGUGAGGCUGGUGGAGCGAGGAGCGCCACAGAGCCUUCCUCUCAUGGAGUCAGGCACUAUCCUACCAGGAGUGAGGGUCAUCAUAGUCAACCCGGAAACCAGAGGUCCGCUGGGAGAUUCCCAUCUUGGGGAGAUCUGGGUAAGCAGCACUCACAGUGCCAGUGGCUACUACACCAUCUACGGGGAGGAGAGCCUGCAGGCGGAUCAUUUCAACACCAAACUCAGCUUUGGGGAGCCCCACACCCUGUGGGCCAGGACGGGCUACCUGGGCUUCAUCAAGAGGACGGAGCUACUGGAUGCCAGCGGCGAUCGUCAUGAUGCCUUGUUUGUGGUGGGCUCUCUUGAUGAAACGCUGGAGUUGAGGGGGCUACGCUAUCACCCGAUCGACAUUGAGACGUCUGUCUCGCGAGCCCACCGCUGCAUCGCAGAAAGCGCUGUGUUCACGUGGACCAACCUGCUGGUGGUGGUGGCGGAGCUGAGCGGCUCGGAGCAGGAGGCCUUGGACCUGGUGCCCCUCGUCACCAACGUCGUCCUGGAGGAGCACCACCUCAUCGUGGGGGUGGUGGUCAUCGUGGACCCCGGGGUGAUCCCCAUCAACUCCAGAGGAGAGAAGCAGAGGAUGCACCUGCGAGACUCCUUCCUGGCCGACCAACUGGACCCUAUCUACGUGGCCUACAACAUGUGAUUCCCCAUCUGAUGGAAAUGCAGAAAACUGAGCCGGGCUCUGAGAAAAGACGUGAGGGAGGAGGACUGGGGGGUGUGUUCAGUAGCAACCCCCCCGAUUUUAAAGCUCAGACACAGAUUGGGAACACCAAACAAUGUGGGAAUGCAAACACAGCUCGAGUACUGUGACCAGAACGUGCUUCCCUCAGAAACUGAAACACGAUCUCCAUCCCUCAUCACGCAAACUCACGUUUUUUUAAAAGACAUUUUAAUUACAUGCUUUCAUCAAAGAGGCAAAUCCUCCCCUCCUUCCAUUCCUUGGUUUUAUCCUGAUCCAUUCAUCACCGUGUGUUUCUCUCUUGUUUUUACCCCCUCCAUUCUUGAAGGCAGGAACGGGAACUGCUGAGAGGAGCUGGAACUUUCCCCCUCUUGCACUUUAAGUCCUCGCGCCUCUGAGUCCGCUUCCUGUCUCCCCUGCCUCAAGGGACCCCUCACCCCUUGUUAGCUACUUUCGUGAGAGCAAAUCUACAUCAGUAUUAAGAAGGGCCACCAGCGGGUGCAGUAAACCACCAUAUGCCCCGUGGCUCUCGCCUCCCAUCACAUACUGAAUUGUUUGUUGGUGUGGGAAAAGAAAGACGUUGUUCUUAAACCUGGAUUUGAGAGGUGAUCUUUGAUGGGCAGAAAGACAUAAGGAUUGGUCCGUUAGAUAGUUCUGAUGAUUGUGAAGUGCUUAUGCAUUUUUUUUUUUAAAGCAACACUUUUUAAAAGAAGAGCUUAGGUGUGCAUGCUUAUUUGAAAUGCAAUCAAUGUUAACAUGCAGGUUAACAAAAGAAAACUGUUAGCUAUGGACUCUGACAGCAGUGGGUUGGUUGGUCAGUCCUCUUUAGAGUGUAAUAUAAUAGAAAGCUCCAGAACAAAGUGGACCUUAAGUAGAGAUUUUCUUACGGUCAAGCUGGACAGGAUGACACCGGUUUGCGGGCAUGGCCACAAUAAAGCUGCUAGCUUGCAGUCUGUGUGUAGUUUCCCAUGAGCAAGCAAAGGAGCAGUGUUCACGUCAUGUUAGCGUCACAGCCGGUUACAUUAAUGUAGAUCUUCAGAAGGCAAGUCAGUGCCUUUUACUGCACCAUGGUGAUAUUUACAGUAUGAUUACAAACGGUCUAACAAAAUAAAAUAUCAGAACUUUGCCUUACUAAACCUGUGGAACUUUUUAAUGUUUAAUCCCUCAUUUCUAGCUGUGCUAUUAGUGUAUACAAAGGACUAUUCCACCUUUUUCACAUGUGGAAUCUGACGGCAGUUUAUAACUCGUAUCAUUUUUGAUAGAGGAAGGGGGAGGGGUGGUUUCUUCUUGUUUUGCUAAGAUGUUUGCGGUCAUGCCUUUCUCAUUUCAUAUCAUAACCAUUUGAACCAAUUCUGAAUGUCUGUAACACUGAAAAAAGUUAAUUAGGAAUGAACAACAAUCAGUAAGCAAACCGUGAUUUAAAAAAUGGCAGAACCCUCCUUUAUAAAAAAAGAAAAAUGGAGGCAAUAAAUGAGGGUAAGGAUGUUAUCUGUAUACUGUAUUUUAGAGGUCAAAUAUUACUGGUGUUGAUGUGUACAUGGAUAUGAUCUUUCAUACUUGACAGCAUUUUUCUGCUUUGUUAAUUUAAAGGUAUCACAAGAGAGAAGAAAAAGGUUUCAGAUUAUUUUGGCAGGAACAAUGUGCACUUUCUGUGUGUGUGUGUGUGUGUGUGUGUGUGUGUGUGUGUGUGUGUGUGUGUGUGUGUGUGUGUGUGUGUGUGUGUGUGUGUGUGUGUGUGUGUGUGUGUGUGUGUGUGUGUGUGUGUGUGUGUGUGUGUGUGUGUGUGUGUGUGUGUGUGUGUGUGUGUUUUUCCAGCUAAACAGUGGUAUUUGGCUUAUCUGGUGCAACAAGGUUUGUUUUUUGUAACGAAACAAAUCCCAGAAUAUUGAACAUUUCUUUCUUCUUUUUUUUUUUGUCGCCACCACUGUAUUUUAUUUCUUUCCAAUCAACAUUGGAAUCGGAUAUAGUUCUAAGCAGUUUGUUCAAUAUUUUUAAGGAUUUUUUAAAUUCUCUCUUUAAUCUUUCUUUUAAAACUGCUUAACUUCUGCAAACAGCUGGUUUGAUUUUGAAGCAGCCCAAAAAAAAAAACAUGAACCACUUUUCAUUCGGUGACGGACACCGAGGACACGUAUGCGAGCCAGUAUGUGCGGCACGUUAGAAUAACUCAUAAAUAACAAAGUGAAGCUUCUGAGCUGCUGUGUGAAAAUUGCUUUGUUGCUACUGUUUAACUCCGACAAGUUUUAAUAAAGUUUUAUAAUGUCAUGUUGGCCUUCAAGCCUUUUCAAUAGACAUUGGUGCUAUUCAAUAAGGGAAGGUUGACAGGCUUCUGUCCUCCAAUGUCGUAACAAACAAGGUUUCUUCCUGGAUGCCCUUUAUGUGUGAAAAUCAGUCAUUCUUUUUCCAUGCCAACAUCUCACUCUUAAAUUGUUCAUCAUCACCAGUUUUCAUUGAGAUCUGCUGAAGACUUUCUCAACAGGCGACCACUCAACACGGUCAAUGCAUUUUGACAUAUCCACCGUUUUCCAUUUUAAUAUUUAUUUCAGUUUUCAAAGUGUUGUGAAGAAUAGCGUGCAUUUCAAACCUCCAAAGUUAUUCCAAGCACAAAUGUACAUGUGAGGUAAUGAAAUUAGGAUCUUUCACACAAAAAAUACUCAAGGGCCCACAAUGUAUACCUCAGCGACUGUCUGUUCACUAUGCAUCGUCGAGCUGCAGCAGAGACAUUCUCAACUAGUCAAUGGUGCGAUAACUUCUAACAACAUGUCUUACUUGACAAAAAAAACACUGUCACACUGUCAUUGGAUGUGUUUCAUGUAAAAUAAAAAAAAUCCUUUGUCAGAA